AUGUCUGCCAAGACGACCGCCCCGAAAGCCUCUACUUUUCAAUGCGACCACCCAGAAUGCGGGGGUAAACCGUUCGCCAACCAGUCGAAUGUCAACAGACACAAGCUAGCCGUACACGGCGAGAAGACCCUUUUGCCUUGUGGUAAACCCUACACGAACCGCUCUGAUAACAUCCAGCGCCAUCAAAAGACCUGUGACGGCUGUAAGGGAGCUUCGCAGACGCCUCCGGCCUCCACUUACGACGGGUUGGCAACGCUGACGGCUUUCGAUCCCACCAUUCAAGUCACUGAACCUCAGCAGGCCGGCAUCCCGCAGAGCAACCAUGUGCCAAUCUAUCAGCCGACCUCCCAGCACUAUUAUCAACAAGACCAUCAGCAGCCUCUGGAAGGUUUCCAGCAGACUUUCCAGAACGUCUAUCAGCAAAGCUUUUCGCAGGAUUGUCAGCAGCCCCUGGGGGGUUAUCAGCAGAGCUAUGGCACCGCCAAACUCAUGAUCAGCAUCACGACCGGCAUCACGAACAACAUCACGAACAACAUCACGAACAACAUCACGAACAGCAUCACGACCAGAAUGACGGCCGAUACAAUUGUCGGUAAAUGGGGCAGGUCCUCCAUCUACUACAAGUAA